AUGACCAGUUUACAGACGCUCUGGUUUUAUCACGACACAUAUGUACCAAUGUCUGGUGUCAUGAGCCAGACGCCUUUUCGACUUACCAAACUUAUUUAUGUAGCUGAGUCCGACCCAUCGUACUCUAUCUUUCAAUUUCUAUCGACCCAACCAGCCAUUGAAGAGUUGCACAUUUCAUGUCGGCUGGAUAACAUGUCCACUCUUAGCCCGGAAGCACUCCCUGCAUUACGAGAUUUGACUGCUCCAUUACACCUGCUUCCGAUAUUGCUGCACUCACGGCUAUCUCGUCUAUCUCGUCUCUCUGUAUUGGGGACAAUGAGCAAAGCUGAAGCCUUUAUUCAGCUGCGCAUGGCUCUCGAAUCGACCAAACCACCAGAUUCAAUUGAACUAGUGAUUGGCACACAUGCACGCAUUAGGGCAUCUUCGAUCCUUCACAAUGUUGUUACACCGGGGCUGGCCUUUCUUGGUUUGCGUAUCCCGUUCAUAGGUUCGCUGAGGUUAAACAUACACCAAGGGCGUGUCGGACGGGAACAAUUACAAGAUAUGUUCACUUUUGCUUUGCCCAACUUCCCGAACCUCAAAACACUGGCCGUUAUGUCUCACCUCCCAGCCUCAUACACACAAGUUUACCAAGACCCUCCAACAUGGCUAGUACGAAUGUCCUCUGAUGCGCCAACUCUCUCGCCUCAGUCCCAAGACCUACAAUCUGAAUUGGUUUCGACGCAGCGCCGGUUGAACCCCGACCCGCUCUACGAUACAUCAUGUCAUAUGCAAAUUCUGAAGUCGUGGCGCCACGUUCAUCCUGGUCUCGAGCGCGUGGUGUUCCCAGUUGGCGCGUACAUUAUUACAGAUUAG